ACCUCGCGCGCAAAACAUGGAUCAACCCCUUAAACUGUUGUUGCUCUGCUUUUGGCUUACAGUGGCGCUCGGGGCUACAACCGCCAACGAGCAACCGGCACGCAUUGUUUGCUACUUCAGUAAUUGGGCAGUGUACCGUCCCGGUGUUGGACGCUAUGGACUCGAAGAUGUGCCCGCCGAUCUCUGCACACAUUUGGUCUACUCAUUUAUUGGUUUGAACGAUAAGAGUUGGGAUGUAUUGGUAAUUGAUCCCGAAUUAGAUAUAGAACAAAACGGUUUCCGCAAAUUCACACAACUGCGUCAAAAGCAUCCGAAUCUCAAGCUUCAGGUAGCUGUUGGAGGAUGGGCUGAGGGUGGCUCGAAGUAUUCGCAAAUGGUGGCAGUACGUGAGCGACGACUAAGUUUCAUACGCAGUGUUGUGCAAUUCAUGAAGGAAUACGAUUUCGAUGGUUUCGAUUUGGAUUGGGAGUACCCGGGCGCAACUGAUCGUGGUGGCACCUUUGGUGAUAAGGACAAAUUUUUAUACUUCGUCCAGGAGCUACGCAGGGCUUUCGAUCGUGAGGGUCGCGGUUGGGAAAUAACAAUGGCGGUGCCCGUGGCGAAAUUCAGACUACAGGAGGGCUAUCAUGUGCCCGAGUUGUGCGAAUUGCUGGACGCCAUACACGCUAUGACUUAUGAUCUGCGUGGCAAUUGGGCUGGCUUUGCCGAUGUGCACAGUCCACUUUACAAGCGCAAACACGAUCAAUGGGCAUAUGAGAAACUGAAUGUGAAUGACGGUCUUGGGCUGUGGGAAGAAAUGGGUUGUCCUGCGAAUAAGCUGGUAGUAGGUGUGCCAUUCUACGGGCGUACUUACACUCUGGGCAACUCCAACAAAAACUACAACAUGGGCACAUACAUCAACAAAGAAGCUGGCGGUGGCGCUCCCGGGCCAUAUACCAAUGCCAGUGGUUUCCUCGCUUACUAUGAAAUAUGUACAGAGGUGCAGGAUGGAUCGAAGGGUUGGACCGUGCAAUGGGAUGACCAAGGCAUGGUGCCAUACACGUACAAGGAUACACAGUGGGUCGGUUAUGAGAAUGAAAAGUCGGUGCAAAUUAAAAUGGAUUACAUCAAGCAAAAGGGGUAUGCGGGCGCUAUGACUUGGGCCAUCGACAUGGAUGACUUCCAUGGCUUGUGUGGGCGUGAAAAUGCGCUGAUGCAAAUUCUCUAUGACAACAUGCACGACUACAAGGUGCCAGAGUCGACGCGGGAGACGACGCCGCGGCCCGAGUGGGCAAAGCCGCCAGCCACGUCGCCAAAUCCCGAUGAGGCCAACUUCGUGUCACAAGAUGUCACUACGAAGGGGCCGAAGCCAAAACCAACAGCAACAACCCUACGACCGCUAGACCAGCAAACCACAACAACAACCACCAAGAAACCUUCAAAAGGCACCAAAAAACCUAAGCCGAGACCUAAGCCAAGACCAACAACCUCUACUACCACUACAACAGAGGCCCCACCAUUAUCGACAAGUGAGGAAUCUGGCGAAUUAGAAGUUUUGGAACCAAAACCAGAGUUUGUACAACCUGCAGGCGGACAUGCGACGCCCGACAUUGAUUGUACCAAUAAAGAUUUCAUACCGCAUGCAGAUUGUCAAAAGUAUUAUCGCUGUGUACACGGCGAACCGGUCGAGUUCGAGUGCAAGGAGGGCACAGCUUUCCACACAAUUUUGAAUGUUUGCGAUUGGAUAGAGAAUAGUGACCGUUAUUAUUGCACCAAAACGAAGAAAAAAGCCUUGUCAAAUGAGACGAAGUAAAUUUUUGAUUUUUCAUUUAUAUACUCGCAUAUAUAUAUAUAUAUAUAUGUUUAUGUAAGUUGCAUUAGUAUUUAGUGUUUACUGUUUAAGGAACGAAUGAAUGUGUAUUUUUAAACGAUAAUUUUAUUUAUAGUGUGUAAGUCUUCAGUUAACGAUAAAUAAACAAAAAUAAAUAAA